CUAAUCUUACACAUGGCACACCGCCAGCUCUCCCUCCUCCCUCACUCCUCCCUCACUCCUCCCUCUGCAGCCGGAGUCAAGGCUCUACAUUUCAGCUUAUAUCCAUACUCUACUGCGCUGCACUCUGCACUCGCUGCACUGCACUGCACAUCCUACCCACCACCAUACAUUCACUCAACCCAUCAAACCUAACCCAACCCCCAAAAUAAACACAACCCCACCCCAAACGCACCACCCACCCCACCACCACCAUGUCCUCUACAUCGGACAGCAGCACCACCCUCCCCACAACCCUCAGCGCAAUAAGCACCCUAAUCGGAUACAUCGGCACCGAAGUCGCCACCCCGCACACCACCUUCCACCGAAUCCUCUGGCCCCAACGCGCCUACAACAACUUCCAGUUCCCCUCCUCCUCCUCCUCCUCCUCCCUCUCCCUAAGAAACAUCUUCAUCCCCGCCCUCCUCAUGCCCCUCGGCGGACCCCUGCACACGGCAGCCCUCAAAACCAUCGACCAGUUCUUUGCACGCGGGUUAUUCCUCGGCCCGGAGAUGGGGGGGAUGCUGGGCACGGCGUUUUUUCCGGAUCAGGGGGGGGAGUAUCACCUCCCUGGGGGGGGAGUGGGAAAGGUGCGGAAUGGGGUGUGGGUGAGGGUUUUGGAACGGGUUGGGUUGGGGGGUGGGAGGUGUCAGAGGAGGAGUAUUAGUGGUGGUGGGGUGGAGGGUGGGAAGGUGAGGAAGGUCCGGCAGAAGACGUGGGUGAAUCGGUUGGUGUUGUCGGUUCAUCAAGGUCCGGGGAAAGGGGUAAAGAAGAAGAAGGUGGUGUGUGUGGAAGGGGAUGUUGGGCCGAUGACGGGGCGGAUUCUCGCGGGGAUUGUGUUGACGGAGAUCACGGGGAUUGGGGUGGCGAUUGCGGUGGCGGUGGUGUGGCGAUCGGCGUGGAUGGUCUUGUGGGUGGUGCCGUUGGUUUUGAAGUUGGUGAGUGCGGGGUGUUGGGUGCCUAGGGAGGGGGUGGUCGUGGAGGAUGGGGGUGGGUGUGGGAGUGGAAAAGAGACAAAGCGUUAUAUGGUUACAUCCGGACAUGGAUUUCAGAUCAUCGAGGGCCCUCCGCAGAUGGUGCAGCAGUUCUUUCGACAUUAUGGGCAUCCGAGACGGAGUCGGUGGCAGGAGCUGGUGCAGAUUGCGGUGGUGAUUGCGUUUGGGUUGAAUUUUCCGGUUGGGUUGGUCGUGUCGACUAUGUGGAUGCCCAUUGGGUUACAGUGUGUGUGGACGGGCUAUGUGCUUUAUGUUACGAUGGUGAUGUAUGUGUCGAGGUAUGCGCAUGGGGAGUGGUGGUUGACUACGGAGGAGAGGCUCGCGGAUGCGCUGAUUGAUGCUGAGGAGCACCCGGGAGAGGUACUGGUUCUGUUUAAAGGAGGCGAGGAUUGCACGCUGGCGGUGGAGUUGACUCGGACGGUACAUAAUUCGUACGGAGAGGCCAAGGAACAUGCUUUGCUGCUGCGGCAACCGCCCCUACCCAGCUCGGAUCAUCCCGGGGAUGUUCAGUCAGAGGGGUCAACGGGGAACUCGGAGAAGAGAUGAUUCUUGAU